ACGAGCCAGACGAUACGACCGGUCUCAAGAAUAUAUCGCGGAAUACCCCACUGCUGCGGUAGAAUAUAUUUCCGAUGAAAUAAAUGUGGGUGUGUCGACGGGUUUCAGCAGAGAACUGAUUAGACGGUGCUUCGGCAAAAUUUUGGUGAGUUCGUCGGAUCGAAUCUCCGAAAAUCUGCACGCUUAACACCCGAGAUAAUCAUUGCUGUGAUAAGAUCUAGUGAAUGUGAAUCAUCAGCGCGCCGUUAAAAUAGAGUAGUACAUAUUAGAGGAAGAGUGUAGCAAAACUAAUGUUAUAGAAGAAACGAAUAAUAAUCAUUUAUUUAGAUUUCGUAAAAUACAAUAUAAAAGGAGUGCCCGGGGUGCUCGCUGUUAUCGCAAUUUAGCUCAAAGUUAUAUUUGGCGAGCUAUAUCGAUAGUGCUAGCAACGUUAUCAUGACAUUGCGGACGGUAAUGUUCGACGUAAUAAGUUCGCGCUACAAAUGUUUCUGUUUCCGAGAUGAUGUGUUUCCAAUAAACAUUAUAUCAUAUAACAGUUACAUUGUCGCAAUAUAACGGAAUACAACAAGUAAUAUGGACAUAACGUGGAUGUUGCAAGCAACAUAUGUUUCCAUGAUGGCGCACUGGAAAAAGGUUCCGCUUGCGAGCUUUGCGCUUACACGAGCAACCUUUAGUUUCACAAUGGACAAGUUUUCUGUUGUGACGGCAUUGCUGCUGCAGCUGUCUCGUAUGCUGAUGGAAGUGUCCGGGCAAUCUGCGUGUCUUGAAUACUUUACAUAUAUAUAUGAUCCCUCGAUAAAUGAAAUAGUCGGACAAAUUCAGAUUCUAUCUCCGCCAAAAAAUGUUGAGCUGCACUUGAGAGUGAGUUUAAGCAUCGCCACUUCAUUACCCACGGAUUAUGUUGGUGAACUGGAAUUGACUCGAUCAAUAGACGAUUCGAUUAAAAUAGUACAACAAGGCGGACCAUUGACUUACCGUAUAUACUUUCCUUUGAGGCAACCGCUUCCGAUAUUAACUAGCAUAAAGCUCAACAAUCAAGUAUAUUGCACGGGGCCUCGUGCGUUAGGAAAUAUCGUUACUUCCAUCGUUCUACUGCAUACUUUAUUUCCGCCAAUGAUAAUACCGUCCAUGCAGAAUGUCUCUUCUGAUGUUCGGCUGGAAGACACGCAAACUUAUACAGAUGCUUCUCAACUUUCCACCCGACUUCAACAACAACCCCAUCAACCCCAUCAACCCCAACCCAGUGAAAAAUAUAACGAAUGUGGUCGCAAUAUUAAUGUAAGAGAAACUAAUAUAUAUUUCGACAUGACGACGAAAACAUCGCCAGGACAAUGGUCGUGGCUGGUGGCAUUCUUUUUCGUGGAAAACGACUUUCGUUUUAAAUGUUUCGGCUCCCUGGUGACGCACAAACAUAUUUUAACAGUGGCGCAUUGUUUUAAAAACUCUGAGGAACGAAGUCAGAAUAUACCUCCUAGCGCAAUGUUAGCGUAUUUGGGUCGCGACUGGCAACACGAUGGGAAAAAUAUGGGAUGCACAUUUCGAGAGCUCGAGAGCUAUAAGGCUCAUCCCGACUAUAAGCACCAGUGGAGUGGUGACUCCGACCUGGCUAUUGUGGUUCUACGGACUUCUGUCGAAUACAGCCCUACGAUCAGACCAAUUUGUUUAUGGACCGGUUCAUCUGAUCUUCAAGAUAUGGUCAAUAAGUCGGCACUUUCAUUGGGAUUUGGCAAAGACGUCGAUAUGAAAGUUAAUCUGAAAACGCCACGAAUUGAAGAAAUACCAAUAGUCAGCCAGGAAGAAUGUGAACAGCGCGAUCGCCGCUUUGCCAGUUUUAUUUCAAAUCGUACUUUUUGCGCUGUUUUGAAAGGCAAAAAUUUACUUCCCAUCGAUAGCGGAAGCAAUUUGGUGCUGCACAAUUUCACCACGGAUCGUUAUGAAUUACGCGGUAUGGCUACAAGAAUAUUAUACAAUGGAAAUAAUUGCAAUACUGAACAAUACAUAGUGUUUAUUGACUUGGCCAAAUACAUGUCUUGGAUUCAAAGUCAUCUCACCUCUACAUAACUUUCGUAUCAUAUUUUGUACAUGUACGUUAUUUAACAAAUUCAUACAUAAAACACUUGAAAAUA